AUGCUGCGAUCCGUGGGCGCCAUUAUCUUCGGAAUCGCUUCAGACAGAUGGGGCCGCAAAUGGCCCUUCAUCGUCAAUAAUAUACUGUUUAUCGUCCUUGAGCUAGGUACCGGCUUCUGCCAAACCUAUAAGCAGUUCCUGGCCUGCCGAGCCCUCUUCGGAAUCGCCAUGGGUGGCAUAUACGGUAAUGCUGCAGCUACCGCUCUUGAAGAUUGUCCUUUGGAGGCUCGUGGGAUUGUCUCUGGUAUCCUUCAACAGGGAUACGCGUUUGGAUAUUUGCUAGCGACAGCGUUUUCGCGUGCCUUGGUUAAUACAACCUCGCAUGGAUGGAGACCGUUUUACUGGUUUGCGGCUGCUGUUCCGGUAUUGAUCAUCUUAUACCGUCUGUUUCUUCCCGAGACCGAGGCGUUCAGACGGCGACAAGAAACUCGAGCUGAGAUGGGAGGAGUGACUUCGACUUUUUUCGAAGAGGGUAAGGUAGCUAUCAAGCGGCAUUGGCUUAUCCUGGCUUACCUUGUAUUGUUGCUGGCUGGGUUCAAUUUUAUGUCUCAUGGAUCCCAAGACCUCUACCCGACUAUGCUCGAGAAACAAUACAACUUCUCACAAGACGCCGUCACUGUAACCCAAGUCGUCGCCAACCUUGGCGCCCUCUCUGGCGGCACGCUCUGCGGCUGGGCGAGUCAAAUAUUCGGUCGCCGCUUCACAAUCAUUGUGAUAAGCAUAAUAGGCGGUGCCAUCCUCUAUCCCUACACUUUCGUCAAAUCCGAGCGCAUUAUGGCAGCGGCCUUCUUUGAGCAGUUCUGCGUCCAAGGUGCUUGGGGCACUAUACCGAUCCACAUGAUGGAACUAUCUCCCGACUCUAUCCGUACGUUUGCGGUGGGUUGCGCGUAUCAGCUGGGAAAUCUUGCUUCGUCUGCUAGUUCGACGAUCGAGUCUACUAUUGGUGAACGAUUUCCGCUGCCACCAGUUGAGGAGGCGUCGGAUCGAUACGAAUAUGGAAAGGUGAUUUGCAUUUUCAUGGGAUGUGUGUAUGGAUAUGUGAUCUUGAUGACCCUGGCGGGUCCGGAGAAACUAGGGCGACAGUUUGAUGUCGAGCAUGAUAAAGAUAUGAUUGAGGUGAGGGAUGCAAAGGCUGAGAGGGACCCUGAAAAGGCCGUUUCACAACAGCAAUCAGAUUAG